AUGAAGCUGAUUAUCUCAUUCCCUGCCACAGGCUGUCAGAACCUCAUCGAAGUGGACGAUGAGCGCAAGCUUUGUACGUUCUAUAAGAAGUGCAUAGUCACAGAAGUGGCUGCCGAUGCCCUGGGUGAAGAGUGGAAGGGUUAUAUGGUCCGAAUCAGUGGCGGGAAUGACAAACAAGGUUUUCCCAUGAAGCAAGGCGUGUUGACGCAUGGCAGAGUGCCCCUGCUGUUGAGUAAGGGGCACUCUUGUUAUAGACCAAGGAGAACUGGAGAGAAGAAGCACAAGUCUGUUCGAGGAUGCAUCAUGGAUGCCAAUCUCAGUGUUCUCAGCUUGGUUAUUGUAAAGAAAGGAGAGAAGGAUAUUCCUGGACUGACAGAUACUACUGUGCCCCGUCGGUUGGUGACAGACGCUGAUGCCUCUGGGGGCGUUCACUCUCUUACAGAGCCACAGAUUCCCAUCACUGCUAUACCCAGUAGAGCAGUUGCAAAAGCGGGGAAAGCCUGCAAAGUGAGAUGCUCAAGUCCUGUCAACUCUGGAGGUUUACAUGCUCCUCAAAUAAGAAUGAAAAAAGAUGUUUCUCUAGAUUCAGAUGUGCUGAAAGAGUUUUCCAGGCCAAAGCCAUCAACCGGAUGCACCAUCGCCAAAGCUGCCCUUCUGCUAUCAGGCCACUACAGUCUUCACUUCUCUACCAUCCCCCCAUAG